AUGUUUCCGACGGUCAAAGUCUCCGUGUCGAACGUCGACUACGACGCGCUCUACUACGUUUUUCUCGACGUCAUUCCAGUUGACGCUAAGAGGUUCUUUUUUGAGUUUCGAAAUAAACUUCAGCGUUUCAAAAUUGUUUCAAGCCGUGGUAUCUUUUUUCGGUUGAUAAUUAUCAACAUUUUCCGAAAAGAAAGAACAACGACGACCUGAAGAGACUGCAGAGAAAGAGAGGAAUCUGAUCUCUCUGGCGUCUCUUCGGCGGGCGAUGCUCUUUCGUUCUCGCUCAUUCUUUUUAUUUAUUUUAGCCCUAUGAUUUUAAAUUUGAUUUUUAUUUCACUCAUUUCCAUAAAAUAAAUACCUAUUUGUUAUCUCGAGGCUUUUAAAGCUAUAAAAUACCCGGAAGAGAUGGAUAGUAGAAGAGACGCCAGAUGAACACAGAAAACUGGAUAGUUUCUUUUCUAACACGUGUAAGUGUAAGAAAACAGAGAUAUAGAAUAGAACCUCAUAAAAGUACCAGGAUAAAUACUAAAUUUAAACCAUUCUAUUUCAGAUACCGGUACAUUUACAACAAAUCCGCGUGGCUGACGGCCGGAAAAGCCGAGCCAGCGCCACGAAAUCGACUCUAUUUGCACCCCGACAGUCCUUUCAGCGGUGAACAGGUGAUAUUCAGGAGAUAUCAGCAGUUUAUCCAUCGUUUUAAGCUUUUGAAGCAAGUAAUAUCGUUCGAAAAGGCGAAAUUGACGAAUAAUGAGGUGGACAAGGCGGGACAUGUAAGUGAUCGUCCUUUAUUAAAUAUAGAUGAUUUUUUUUACUUCAGUUGAUUUUGAAUUCGAUGCACAAAUACCAGCCAAGGAUACACGUUGUGAGAAGAGAUCGACAUAAUCCAUUGGAUGCAAAUAAAGUAUGUUUUAUUUGAUUGUUUCAUGUAAAAAUUAAUAAGUCACACUGUGAUUAAAGUUAGAAAAAAAUCAAAUUUAUUUUUUUGGAAAAUCAACAGUUAUGAAAAAUAAAGAUACAACUUCGUUAUUUUUCGAGUAAUGGAAAGUUUUAACUUAUCAUAUUCAAGUGUAACAAGUACUCUUUUGAUGAAUAAUCGUCUUAUUGGCUGGUCACACCCACUUUUCUUGUUAUGAGGUUAUAAUGAUAGAAAAAACGUUGGAUAAAUCGGUUGAUUAUCCAAGAAUACUUUAAAAUCUCGGUUCAAGUCAAAAAAAUUGAUAUUUUCCUCACAAGGAAGAUCAUUCCACUUUUUGAAAAUUGGCCGAAAAAUUUCUUGAUCUACCAAAAAAAUAUCCUCAGAACCUCAACCAGCACAAGAUCCUAGUUUUCAAAGAAUUAGGGCUCAAAGCCCAAAAAAUAGCCCAUUUUUACGGCUUCUGUGAGUUUUCUUUGACUUAGAGGUGUCCCAAACAAUAAGAAGAUGAACAGUUUGGUACUUUCGGAAUCUUUAUCGGGAAAAUCAAGAUGUGUUCUGCACGAUUUUCAGGAAAAUCCCAACCGUGAAAAAAAAGACCUCCCUUGUCAGUAGAGAGAGUUAUUCCAAAGUUUUCAGAUGACUCUGACCGACGAAGAACAUGGCACUUUUGUAUUUCCCGAGACGCAGUUCAUGGCGGUCACCGCCUACCAAAAUCAAUUAGUCAGUUGAGAAUUUCAUUAAGCAUUCAAAAAUCGAAACUUCAGAUAACAAAGUUGAAAAUCGAGAAAAAUCCCUUCGCCAAGGGUUUUCGCGACCCAAGUGGCCGGUCUCCGGAUUAUGAGCCGUGAGUUUUUGUUCUUAUAUUAUUUUUUCAAUACAUGUGAAAAAAAAAUUAUUUUUUGAAUAGUUUCAAAUAAUAAACAGAACAAAAAACUGCUCAAAAAACAUAAAAUUUAGCAAUUUUUCAGAAGCAACGAUUCUCCAUCUCUCCUCCUGCCCAACAUGUACCAGCCAGCACUUCUACAGCACGCUUUGUUACAACAAUGUUGGUUUCUCCUUUUCAUUGCCUUUUUAAUAAGUAUGGAGAUAUAUGAAGGACAAAAGAAUGUGUAAAACAAACGGCGAGAUCAACUUUCAGUGAAAAAUCCGGUUAUGAAACAAAAGACCUUCUUUCUCAUCAAAAAAAUUUUUAAAAUUUGAAACUUGAUUCGACUUAGAUCUUAGGAACGCCCGAUUGCUCACUAUGAGGUUAGGGAAAAUAAUCUGACACCUAAGCCCCUCGAGCUUAAGUGGUCCCUAUGAGAGCUAUUAAAAUUUUGUUUGGAUUUGAAAGCUAAAAAUUGAUCAAUACAUCUCUGUUCUAUCAAAAGGUUCUAGAGGACAUUUCAGCCAAGUUUUAUCAAAAGUGGUAGCGACGAAAUUGAAUUGUUUUCUCCAUUUUUUUAAAAAUAAAUAGAGCCCCAAAAACUUCAGACUACGCGAAAGCGUCGGCAGUCCGGGUGAUGCCGCCGAUCGGACCGUCGCUUCUCUCUCAGAUGCUCCUCUACCAAAUGCCAUUUUCCCUCGGAGCCCAGUCGACCAACGAUCCUCCGGCGACGUCAUCAGCCGAGCCGGCACGUCUUUAG